GGCUGGGGUAGUCUCGAGAUCUUCUUAUCCGCUGGCCGGUGCCUGGAUUGCACAGACCCCUUUUAAAUAGUUUGUUUUGAACCCAAGCCGUCUGUGGCGUCGUACACCCACAAAUAUAAUAUGGUAAGGUGAGGGGUAUUACACCACAAUAUGGCGACCCACAGCUUGUCACAGGAAAGUUCCGUAAAGCCAAGAAGCUAUUGACAGAGGCGCUUUGUGAGGCUUUCCAGCUGAGAGGACGAGGUCGGGAGUGACGGGUUAAGCUGUACAUAAAAGGUUGGGACCUUCCUCCAAACAAACAGGACACUCUUCAUUUUACAAACCAGCUCUUUCUCUCAUUCGUACAAAAUACCCCCUCUCGUCCUCCAGUUAUACUAGAAACUAUGUCUGCCGAUAAAGCCCCCGCAGAUAAGCUUCCUCUUGCUAUCCGCAAAAAUGUGCGCGAUAGCUGGGAGAACAAGAAGCCAGAACUCGAAGCCCAGCUUCUAACCCUGCUCGGGGAAGCCUGGACGUUCGACGUCAACCCACUCGCCAUCUAUCCCUACGCAGAGGAGGGGUCUUACGGACACAGUUCCCUCGGCGACUGCAUUUAUGCCUACAUCGACGGGUUCAUUUACCAGUUGAAGUACUUCCUUUCCCAGCACGGCGAGGAAGGCAAGACCGAGCUUAACACCGUCGCCCCAACCCACACCAUUACCCUCGUUGCAUCACCCAAGUUCAGCUACUGCGGCACCGACAUCGAAGAGGGCAAACUGCGCCUCCUCUUCAACCCCACCUGCCUCGGUACUAACAUCGACCAAGCGGGCCAGAAGCUCGCUGAGACUCUCUCUGCCGCCCCACAACCCGAGGGCGCCUCGCCACUUAGCUAUACCGCACGCAACUCCAUCAAGACCAACUACGACGAGAAGAUUGGUUCCUACCUCGAGCAGGCGCGCAAGGCACUGCAAAAUGAGAAGUUCGCGUUUGACCCUUCUUGGGAGCAGCUGGCUGCUGGCCUGAAAGGGGGAAAGGACGUGAGAGACGAUUGGGAGACGAACCUUGGCAACUUCGCGACAAGCUACUUCGAAGGUUUCGUCAGUGCACUUACUUACCAGAAGUUUCACGAGGACGAGAUGCUGAGAGAGGGGCUAGAGGAGGCGGCGCCAAAUGGAGUUCUCAAGCUAAGAAUCGUCGACAAGUUGACGACUGGCCAGUCGAGCUAUAACGAGAUCACCCUGGACAAUGGGGAUUUGGUCAUUCAGACCACCCCUAGCUACUUUGGCACAAAUGUCCAUGAUGCUGCUAGCAAGCUCAUGGAUAUCCUAUAAACUGUCACAUAUGUUGCUCUGCUCUAUAGCCUUUUUAGAUGACCACUAUUUAUGCCGUAGAAUAGGCUAGUUUCUGUAGGUAGAGAAAUGAGCAUAGGAUAACCUUCUGGUAGAAUAUUAAGAUUACAGUAUAAGCUAGAGUAGGCCAUCAAACGCGACCAGGAUAG